UCAAGUCAAGUUUCUGAAAAAGUGAAAGAUAUAUACAAUACGAGUUAAUACUCUCACAGUUUUUUGCUAAUUUAUCACACAAUAAGGUACUCUCGGAAAUAUUUUUGAAAAGAUGUCUCGCUACCGAGAAUGGGAUUUACAGUGCAAAGUUUACGUUGGGAAUUUGGGUUCGUCGGCAUCCAAGCAUGAGAUUGAGAGUGCAUUUGGGAAGUAUGGACCAUUGAGGAAUGUCUGGGUUGCCAGAAAUCCACCUGGUUUUGCAUUUGUUGAAUUUGAGGACAGACGCGAUGCAGAGGACGCGGUCCGUGGCUUGGAUGGAACCCGUUGCUGUGGAACUCGCAUCCGGGUGGAGAUGUCCUCUGGACGGAGCCGUCGGGAUGAUCGUCGCCGUGGACGCAAUAGGUACAGGGGAAGGAUGCUCUCUUCCAUGAUCCACAACCACCACAAUCAUCACAACAUCCACAAGUACACAUCUACCGUAGCAACAAUUGCAAAACUACUUUCUCGCCUUUUCCCUCCCGCGAUCACCUGAUGGGCGACAAAAGCACACAAAUCGUGUGUUGUGCUGAAAUAAUUCCGGGAAUGGCGUCUCCUCGGCAAAUCGACGCAAAUUGCACAUUCUAUCGUCGCGCCGUCACAUCCCGUCGACAUCGCAUGUCAACCAAAUUCAUCGUCCUCCCGUGUAGCGUGUUUGGGUCAACCGGGGGGCAUGCCUGCUGGAUAAUCCUCAAAAGCUUCAAAUUUCUCCUGAUUCAUCAUUACGUCUCCCUCAUCCUUACUUCUAUUUCCUGCAUUAAGCUCUACCCCCAAUCCUGUCAUGGUGUGAUGGCAUAGAUUUAAAAAAAAACAAACGUUUUAUUAACGUUAGAAAUUUAAAGAAUUAACCAUGUGUACGUAAUCAAAAGUAAUUUAAAAUAGGUACUUGAUCUCACAACGCAAGCCUGUAAGACUGCUGUCUUAAUUGCUUAGAGCGAAACAAGUUUCAUGUUUCCUUAAAACAUGAAACAUAAUUUUCAUAUCGAUUCAACUGCAGCCUAGUAGACCCCUUUAACUACAGACUUUCUAAAUCGGAUGGGAGGGUGGCAAAAAAACCAUUUCAAGCAGCGCCUUAGUCCUUUUAAAGAUGAUCAGCCCAGAUAAACAUAGAAAGAAGAAGAGGUGGAAGUCUUAAUCUUUAUCCGUUCUUGGACUAGAUGAAUACACUCUGGAAGUCAUCAGAAAAUGUGAAUUACAGUUAUUACUGCACAGAUAACAUCAUAGGAAGGAAGACAUUGCCAGAGGAGUUACUCUGAUGCACUCAAAAAAAAUUGCUUUAAGCUGAAUUUGUAAACUCACCAACCAACGAUAACCAGCUUUUGGUAAAAAUCGUAUUUCGCUGCAACAUAACCAAUGAUAUUAACCAAAACAUAAGUUUUCAAUCAUUUUUAAAUAAUAGGAAUUUUUUUUUAGUUACAAAAUUAGCUAAAAAAAAUCUGAGUUUCCAAAAUUAUUAGACCAUUCCAUAGGUGUUAAGAGGAUUCAAGCCAAUAGCAACAUCGGCCUUCUGGGGUCCAAUAUGCAGACUCGAUAAUGAAUGUUUGAUAACGUACGCAAACUAAACGUACGGAAAUAACACAACAAUUAUAAUUUACAAGACAUUGUUAGUCAAUGCGGUAAAGGCUGCAGAAUUAAUGAUACAAUUUUAGUAAAAUAAAAAAUAGAAACUAAAAAUCUGUGCCACGAAGCCAUAGCAAAAUGCAUGAAUUGUAAUGCUUCCCAACCUUAAAAAAUCCUCUCUUUGAUCCUUUUCAUCAAUCAUUGCCAUUGUUCAACUGACACGAGGGGAAGGUAUGGUGUAAGAGCUCUGUGGGGCCAUGCAACCCUUCCCAAUCGACGAGCCAAUCUCCUCAUCUUCUUGCUCCUCUUCAAUCUUCGAGGAGAGAUGUUCGUCGGUUCAGCGCACAAAAUGCCGACAAAAUGUGUCAAAAAGCACCGCCAUCAACGACCUUUGUCCUUCUACUCUACCAUCACCAUCAACUACCAACCUGCUACUCUACACAUCUUCUACACCGCUCUCCGCUGCGCCCUCCGUGAAUGCACAAACUCCCUUCUCUUCAAUUUAAUAAAAAAAAACAAACUGGGACGCCUCCACACCCCAUCGCCAUCAUACAAAUCUAUCUUCUUCACCAUCUACCCCAAUCUGGCAUUAUGUAUGUAACAUGUAAUGUCAGAACCCUUCGAUCUUCGUGUUCCAACCUCCGGGUGUCAACCGCCAACUUUCGCAUAAAAACUCUUCCGUUCCCAACCAACCACAAAAUUUAGAAAAAAAAACAUUCAUCUCGUCUCAUCUCAACGCUCCAACUUCCUUCAGCGGAUGGCCAAAAAUAUAUUCAAAAUAAAACAAUUGGCAGUUAAUGACGAA